AUGCCUUGGAGAAAGGCUGCCGCUAGACUUUCUAGUCUUGCAGAGUCCGAUAUGGAGGACGCGGCGCAGGGCAAUAUACCCCAGGAGCCACGCGACAAUGAACGCCCUGCGAAGAAGGCCAGAGGACGACCUCGAUCGAAAUCAGCAGAGCUCAAACCUCAAAUAUCGUCGAAAACAGAAUCAGCCGCCGCGCCAUCACACGUGCCGGAUGCUGCAGCAAAGAAGGGCACAAGAAGGGGUAGACCAAGGGGUAGCAGGGGCUCAAUACAGGCCGACAACCAAGAGAUCGUAGAGGAACAGCCGAAACCCGAGGAGGAGGAGCAAGAUGCUGGUCCUCAAGUACCAGAGAGCGCGCCCGCUUCCAAUGAUGACCUAGGCGCGCAGCCUGUUGCUCGGUCAACUAGGUCUGCGAAACAUGCGAAACCCGCGAAACCCGCCAAGACAGCGACCACACGCGGACGACGAAAGGCAAAUGCUGAGAAGCAUGUUAAGACUGACGGCGAGUUUGAAUAUACACCAAAGAAUACACGACAGUAUAACUCGCCGGAAAAGCGCAACGAAUCUACGAAACAGCAGCCGAAAGCCGAUACAGAGUCGGAAUCAGAAGAUGACGCGUUAGAAGGCGAAAAGCGCGCGCCAGAUGUCGUUGAAGAGACUUUUAUCCAGGAGGAACCGGUGGCGGCUCGCUCUAUCUCCAUGUCGCCAACUAAAUGUAGACAAUCCAUGCAGCGCCCUUUGCAGAGUUCCCCAGUGAAGCCUAACGGGGAACCGGAGUUGAGACGCAAGCUUGGGGAUCUCAACACGAGGUAUGCUACUUUAGAACGUCAAUAUCGUGAUCUUAAAGAGAUCGGCGUGGUAGAGGCAAAUGCCAACAUGGAGAAAUUACGGAAACAAUGCGAAGCAAUGACAACUGCUUCAAACAACUUGAUAUCUUCUCUGAAAUCAGAGUUAGAGGCACAAAAAGCGCUUGGUCAACAGAGUCGAGCCCUCCAGAAACAGUUAAAGGAGCGAGAUGCCGAAAUAACUCGCCUGAAGUCACGGGCUGAAGAUGCCACCAGCCAGCUCUCUUCUGCUCAAACUGAGGUGAAAGCUUUGCAGACCAAGCUAGCAGCUGCUCGGAAUACGGCUGCUAGUCUUGAAAGUGCCGUCGCCAAGGUUCCUGGAAGCGCUAUUAAGGGCAGUAGCAACCGUGCUAAUGCUGCAGCAAAUGUUGAAGCCGCGCACGCGGCCCAGUUUGCACAGCUCAAGGAAGAUCUUUACACCGAUCUCACUGGUCUUAUCAUUCGUGACGUGAAGAAGGGAGGCUCUGAAAAUGUGUAUGAUUGUAUUCAGACGGGUAUAAACGGAACUCUACACUUUAAACUAGCCGUACCACACGUCUCGUCAGCCAACUUCGAGAAUGCAGAGUUUCAGUAUAUUCCACUCUUAGAUGACAGCCGCGAUCGCGAUUUGAUUGACAUCCUGCCUGAAUAUCUUACGGUGGAUAUCACUUUCGUCCGUCAGCAAGCGUCAAAAUUUUAUACCCGAGUCAUUGACGCUCUCACUAAACGGCGGACGAGCGCCGGUAACAGAUAA